AUCAGGAGCCCCACCCUAGUAAAACUGGUUGAAAAACAACCACAGGUGUUUUUCCAUGUAACCACCCAUAGACUUUGUAUCGCAAGGCCAACCACCAAAAGAGUGCGAGGCAUUGGCUCAAGUCUUCAGCCUUAAAAACACAGUUUGAAGCAUGACAGCCAUAUCCCUACAAAAAAUCCAGGGGGAAUUUCUGUCAUUCACUGAAAAAGAUGCUGUGGACCUCUGUGGAAUUGCAAAUUUCGUAAAGCAUCAUUGCAACUCUACAAUUCCUCUUGUGAAGCCAAGAAGUUGUACUCUGAGAAUUUGUGGGCUGGAAGAAACAGUGUUUGAAGGGGAUGAAGAACAGCUUGAAACAUGGAAAGAUUAUUACCUGCCAGAAAGGAUGGAAAUGGAGGUGAUUGGUGUCAUUGAUGACUUCCCAUGUGAUGCAUUCGGUCUGCAGUUGGUGCUUUUGUUGGGUGAAGAUGGAAGGGUCUUUGCCUGUGAGGAUGAGCUUUUGCACCUCGUAGCCAGAAAUUUGCGGGACCUGUUCCAGUGCAAAAUGGUUUUCCCUGGAAUAGAGAUCUUCAAGCUUGGAGAAUGUUUUGAAGAGCCGACCGAGGAAGAAUAUCAUGAAAUGAUGGAAAGUGAAGAUAUCAAAAAUAUGAAGAAAUUACACAUGGAGUACAGAGAAUCUCUGCAUCUUGAAUUGCUGAACACUUUGAAUGAAAUCACAGAGACACGUAAUGUUGAUGUACAAAAGCAAGUGGGUUCAGAAGAUUCCACAUUACCACAUUCUUUACCACACAAUUGCAUUGUGAAAAAUGAAGCAAAAUCUUGUUACAAUCAAAGUCGUAACGGGUUUUCCAGCCAUUCAAACCAUAUGCUUACUGUGUCAGGUUAAAUUAAACCAAUUUAAAUGUUUUUUUUUCUAUCAUGGACUUUUAAGGACAUUUCAGUGGAAUGUAUGUAUACAGUAAUUUGAUUUAGAUUUUUUUACUCAGGGUAGUACAAUGAAGUACAGUGCUGCCAUAGCAACAAAGCAAUACAUAAUCAGUUCAGCCAAAUCAAAGAAAAACAGUUGUUGUUUUAAUGAUAUGAUAUGUUUUCAUAUUCUGCUCCUAGUGUAACUUCUGUAUAUUAGUGAUUUUGUACAUAACAUGUUUUGUGAAGAAAAAAAGUGUUGCUUUCUGUAUUCUAUUUUUUCUGUACUGUUGUAUAUUGUACAAUACAUGUACAAUAUCUUAGAAACACUGUGUUCAGGUUUUUUAUUCAUCACCUGGAAUGAUUAUAAAAAGAUUUUACUGUUAUUGUUUUACUGUUGUUGUUUGUAAACAAACUGUGACCAAUUUAACUGUAAAAUAUGUAGUUUACACUUAUUGUAAAACAUGGAGAAAAUUAUUGCCAACACUAAUUUAAGUA